UUUCCAGUUCUCAUCAUGCAGCAUGCUCCGCUUGCAGUGCAGAGGUUAAAGUCUCUGAGGUAAAGGAAUACUAUUUAUAAUCACCAGCAAACAUAUUUGAAAGUCUGAUUCCAGCCCUUUAAAGGCUGUCUCAGAAAGAGUGGCAAUAGAAAUUUGGAGAAGCUCAAGUUUUCUCUCAUUAUUGUGAAGCUGAGGAGGUUUAUGAAGCUAAACAGCAUUACUGCAGAAUAAAUAUGCUAAGCAUUGCGGGAAGCCAGAUGAAGUCUUAAAUGAAAACAGUCACGUUAAUGUUUAACCCCUUUCACUGACGCGAGAUUUCUCCACAAGCGACAGAAUGAAGAACGCUGUCUGAAUUCUGCUGAAGGACAAUGGGACUCUCUAUUCAUUUUUAUUACGCUGCUGUCUCCUGGCUAAUUUUGCACAAGACUGAAGAGCGCUGCGGACUGAACAUAAAAGCAAAAUGGAUGAACCCUCCACCUAACAUACAACUCCACUUUCUGGAAUGCUAAGUGGAAAAGAGGCAUUCUUCCAGCAUGAAAUCCACUGCAUACCAAUAAUCUAAUCUGAACGCUUAAACAAACUACGAUGAGAAGACAGUAUCUGGAAAAUAAAAGAUGAACCCACUUGAUGCAACAAAAUCAGGAUUUUUACUGUGCAUUGCUGUCUGUAUGUUCAUCUACACUUUUAUCUACCUAAAGGAUACGCUUUCUGAGGAGCCAAAUGAACAAAAAUUCAAUGCAAGUACAGCAGAGUGUGGUUUUUACCCAGAUGAACUUUGUUCAGCUCUUUUUGUGGGGAAAACCGCUGCCUUUAAAAUUGGAAACUUUUGCCAGAAUACCCACCAACCCAAAACACUCAGCUGCAUUCAGACGUCGUGCAACUGCUCCACGGUUUUGAAGACACUGCAUUUUAUCACAAGACCACUGUCAGAUGAAGAAGGAAAUUUCUCAUUGGCAUACAUCAUCACAAUUCACAAGGAGUUGGAAAUGUUUGUAAAGCUGCUAAGAGCUAUUUAUAUGCCGCAGAAUAUUUACUGCAUACAUGUUGAUGAAAAGUCACCAAAAGAUUAUAAAGCUGCUGUACAAAACAUCGUUAAUUGCUUUGAAAAUAUUUUUAUUUCCUCAAAAAGAGAAAAUGUUGUUUAUGCAGGAUUUUCAAGAUUACAAGCUGAUAUUAAUUGCAUGAGAGAUCUAGUGCAUUCCAAAAUUCAGUGGAAUUAUGUUAUUAAUCUAUGUGGUCAAGAUUAUCCCAUUAAAACAAACAAAGACAUUAUACGAUACAUCAAAAGUAAAUGGAAUGGUAAAAACAUGACUCCCGGGGUAGUCCAACCACUUCAUAUGAAACACAGGACACAGGUUAGUUACAGAGAAUACGUACAUUCUGGAAUGUCAUACGUGUAUCCAACAAAGAAUAUAAAAGCUAAACCUCCAUAUAAUUUGACAAUAUAUUUUGGUACUGCCUAUUACAUACUCACUAAAGAAUUUGUAAAGUUUACAUUGACUGAUGCACGUGCAAAAGAUUUGCUUGAAUGGUCAAGAGACACGUACAGUCCGGAUGAACACUACUGGGUCACACUGAAUCGUUUAAAUGAUGCACCAGGGGCGACACCCAACGCAGACUGGGAAGGGAACAUACGAGCCAUUAAAUGGAAAGACCAAGAAGGAACCGUGCACAAAGGCUGCAAAGGUCAUUACAUCAGAGAUAUUUGUGUCUACGGGCUAGGGGAUUUGCAGUGGAUUAUUGAGUCACCUCAUUUGUUUGCCAACAAAUUUGAGCCUGCAACAUAUCCACUUGUUAUGGACUGCCUAGAGAGACGCUACAGGCUUAAAGUACUGCACCAGGCAGAAGUCCCCAUCGAAGAUCACUGGCGUUUUCAGCAAGAGAACUAUUUCAACAUGAAGCUGAACAUUUGAGCUUAACUAAUGUCUAAACAAGUGUUCAAAAUACUGAGAGAAACCAUUGACAUUUUUAGCCAUAGGCUUCACUCUGUGCAUUACAGCACGAGGGUAAGCACAACACUGUCUGUACUACGGGUCUGCCAGUGAGAUGAGGAGUUAGUUUUUAUUUAUUACAGUAAGAUAAAGAGCAACAACUGCUAAUGGGUUAAUUCUCGAAGAAAAUGACAUGUCUAAAUCUCUAACUUACUGAAGACAUGGGGGAAGCUCAUAAUCCUUUAAGUGACUUAUUUAACUGGAAAAAUACAGAUUCCUCAUGUCUGCAGCCAAAAAAAAAGGACUAGCUGGUAUGAAAAUAAUAAAAUGGAAGCAAUGACUGAACAAAAAUAAAAUAUGAAGAGCACAAGUUAAUGUCAUGUCUACUGUAUGUCUUAUGAAAUAGAUUAUUUUGAAUAAUGAAGUUCAUGCUAAAAUUUCAGACCUUGUAGAUAAGCAAGUGACAACCAGUUUCAUACACAGUCCGUUUCACUGUUGUUUUUUUUCAUGGCCAGCUGCAUCUCUAAUUUCAUUGUGUAGCGUGGCAACGUCACUCUUGCAACUACUCAGGCUUUGCUCUUAAUGAAAGGGGGUGUGUGCCAGUAACAGUAGUUGGGGUCCUGCAACGCACGUUUACCUUUAAGUUCCUGUUUCUGAGUCUCUGCAGGAGCUUAGGGCAAGGAGACAGGAAAUUUGAGACCAGGAAACAAAGGCAAACUGAGUGAAAAGCCAUCUUUCAAUCCCAGCAUACCCAAAUGAGGGAAACAAAACCUCCCUGAACCUUGCAACAGUCUGCAGCAAUUGGAGGAAAUCCCUAGAAGCAACCAGGACGAACAUCUCAUUUCCCAAACCUUCUGCAGACCAAAUGCAGCACUUACUGGUCUACAGCAAGGAAGUGGCUUUCAACACACAACACCAGCAAAACCAGGGAACAGUAAUAAAAAAAGAACAAGGAUCCAGCCCUUUUCCAGGUACGAGUUGUUCUUUCUUCUUCAGGACUUUUAAAUUAAUCCUUUCACUUGUGCAACCAAAAAGAUUAGAGGAAUAUGAGGAAACAGAGAGGAUAAAUUUGGUGGCUUUUUAUACAAUAUGACAGCUCUUCCAUGGGAUUAAACCUUGACACCCUGUCUCCAAAGGUCUUUAGUUAGGUGCUACUGACAGAAAGAGACCAAGAGAAACCUGAAUUGUGAGAAGUCAUUUCAAAUUGUUCAUCCUCCUUUAGAGGUAUUUUGUCAAGAACGUGAAUUCAAGUUUCACUCCAGCACAUCCAAACAAAGUCCCAAUUAUUUUGCACAAACUCUGAUGGGAACUAAUAAAAUACAUCCUGUUACUUACAAGCUCCCUUGAUCAGAAACUACGAAUUAUAAAUAAACAACUAGGAGCAAUUUCAAUUCAGAUGUAAGCUUCAAUAUGCACCCAAAAUAUCACUCGGUUUUUAUAGGAAAACUGACUUACAGAUUAAGCGUUUUUUCCAAAAAAAUUCAAAUGAAUCAACAAAUGACCUAACAAUAGAACAGAAAAGUUUUUAUUACAAACUUAUUCCCAUGUUCCCCAAACUGUACUGCUCAUUUUCCCACAGGAGUUUCCAAGAAACAUAAUUUCUUUCAAAUGAACUUUAACCUACAGAAAGACCAUCUGGUCCCUAUUUAUUUACAGAAAUUUACAAACUCAACCCAAAGCCUGUACUCAGUUUCAUGUAUAAUCCAGAACUUGUGGAUAAAUAUUGCUGGGGAUGGCUUUUUUAUGGAGGGAAAUAAAGAAAAGAAAAAAAAAAAAGCCAUGCAGUAUGUUCACACGAGCUUGUUGAGAGUCAGUCUGAAAACUAUUAUUGAAGCUAAUGGGUCUCUGGCAUGUAUUAAUCAUAGCAAUAUUCAUAAUUAAUUUCUCUCCAAACCACACCCAAUCCACUGCAGGGUACUGCCAGCAUUUAUCCACUCUGUGUUUUCUUUUAAAACGUGAAUGGAACACUCCUUGUUGCUGUCACUGCAGCAAAUCCAGUAUCUAGCUAUCACCUUUCGUCACCAUUACACAGAACAAUUGUGUCUUACUUCUGAAUUGCAUUAAAAGGAUAAAUUCAAUAGCAAGGUUCAUAUAAUAUGGGUUUGUUUUGCAGAAAUGGAACCAGUCAAACUGGGAAAAAACAAUCUGCACAAAACCCCCUCAUAAAAUAUAAUUUAGGUAUGACUGUACACAUGUUAAUCCAAGAAAAGCACUGGAGGGUGGUCCUUCUUCCUUAAAGGAUUUUGUAUUUUAAACGAAGUUUUACAUAUAUAAAAGCCCCAGGAAAAUCAUAAUUAAACCACUCCAUUCUCAAUCACUAAGAAGCAGUAUUCUACUCAUUAUUCUGAGUGACCAUAACCACAUUCUAUUCUUAAAGAUUUUUUACUUCUAACAGCAGUAAAAAAUUAAGUAAUAAAACUGCAAAAACUGAGAGCAUUUAAACAUACAUAACAAGUUUUCAUUAAGUUCUGUAUGCGUUAUCCUGUUGAGUAGAUCGAUCACAACUUUUAAAUCUCAGCAACCAACAUUUACUAACUUUUGGUGGCUGUUGAUCUAAGAGCACAUAGUGUCAAUGUGACCUUGUUCAACGAACACUGCUCUAUAACAUACUGCACACCCAUUAACGCUGUAUCGGGAAGACGUACGCAUAAUUUCUGUUUCAAAAAUCCUGUGGCGCAUGUUCAAUAGCUCUAUAUCUAAGUUAAACAUUUGAUUAAGUGUUUAAUAUGGCGCAGACUUUAAUAGUUAGGGUAUUAUUCAAGUGUGUAUUAGAGUCUGUUGACUCUGAAAACAAUUGCAAAAUAAAUUUUGAAGUGAUACAGCAAAUUCCAUUAUAAAAUGUAAUCUUGUCCUUAACUUCCAGAGUGACUACCUGAACUCCCAGAGCUUCCAGCACAGAUUCAAUAACCACUGCCCUGUCUCCAAACUACCUCUAGCAUACUGUUAUACCAAUAACUUCUUAGGCAGGAGAGUCAACAUUAAAAAUUGGCAAUGGUGCCUUUUUUAACCCUCCAAAAGUGAAGUUAAAUAGACGCUAUAUACUGCUAAGUAAUUCUUUUAUUCCAUCAUUUCUAGAAGCAUAAAUUUUGUCAAAUAGCAGACUUCCAAACAAGAAGCCACCACAGAUUGCUCAUGCAAGAAUCAGGAAGCCAGUCAGAACGGAAGUUCCAAAACUUUUAAUCACUUUGGGUCCCACCAAAACCUACAGACCAACACAGAUUAGCACUAUUUUACAAUCUCCAAGGUCCCGUAAUUACAAAAAGAGUAGUAGGAACAGUCUUGCUUGUUCUUUUAUUUUUCAUAGUCUGAUGGAGAAUUAAACAGAACAAUGGGUGAGAACAUCCUAUGCAAAAGUGCAAAUUUUAAACUGACAGUUUCCGUGUCACACAUAACUCUUCCUGAAGAACAGGAAGCAGCAGGAAGCUCAGGGCCUCACCAAAUUCUGUUAUCUGAAAGCAGAGUUGUUUCUCUUCCUACUGAUUGAAAGUCCUAUCCUGCAUAUUUUAGCAUGUGACUUAGUACUGAUAGUUUAAAUUUUCUCUUCUUACCAUACAAAACCUCAAAUAUAUGGCUCAAACAAAAUACACUUAUUUGUAAAAAGGUACUGUAAGUUUUACUCGCAUUCCCAAAUUGCUCUGGUUUAGACAAAGCUCUUUUUCAACCCUUUUCAUUCUAAAUAGUUAGAAGCUUCAAAAUUUGUCCCAAACACUUCACGUAACAAGCAAAAUAUGUUUUUUUGGAAGAGAACUUUGAUAGAAAGACUGCUUGAUCCUCCCUGU